AUGGCGCCUUCAGAUUCCAGACCUAUGCUCGGGAAGAAAGCCGCACCAGCGGCUGAAGAGGAUAGCAUUAAAGAACAAAGUCAACGCGAUCCCGCCCCGAACACAGCAGAGCAUCCAGAUUCCAGACCUAUGCUAGCGAAAAAGACCCCACUGGCAGCCGAAGAGGAAAGCGUGAAAGAACAAACCCAGAGCGAUUCCACUCAGAACAAAACGACUUCUGGGGGAAAAUCGGCACUAUGA